CCUUUUGGCUUAAUACCUUUUUCCUCCCUUCAUGUGCAGCAUACAGAUUUUAGGAUAUUUCUUGUUAUUGUGUGAUUCAAAGCAUUUUUUCAGUUGUGAUGAUAGGUUGCAUAUAGAGUUUAGUUACAGAAAUAUUUUGUUUCAAAUAUUUGUGAUAAUCUUGUUUGUAGCUAUAGUUUAAAUUCAUCUAAGCUUAUUUGUCCCUCACACUGCAGAUUUUAGGAUGCAUUUUUUACACCUAUUUAUUGCUAGCCUACUUUUUUUAUUUAUAAUUUCUUCAUUUUUGCUAUAUAGUGUAAUGUGUUACUGUUUAAUUUCUCGGCUAAUAGAGUACUUCUGUUUAAUUUGGUUAUUUCAGUUGUUCAUUUUUAUCUCUGAAACUCCUUUUUUAUGCUAAUACCAUAGUAGGCUUUGUGUAGUUCCAUGUAUGAUGUUUGGAAUAACCUAUUAGAUUCAGUUCUAUGCUUAUUUUAGGUCUUCAGCUCAUAUAAGUGUUGCACAACUUUUGAUUUUCUUCAUAUCAGUUCGCUGUGUUUAUGUUUGCUCUCUUUAUUUUCUUUAUCAGAUGGUUCGGAAGAGGUCCAAUGUUUGUAUCAAUAUUGACAGUUCUCAAGAUUGCGAUUCCGUUGAGUCUGAAGAUAUAUUUGGCUCUGAAGAUAUCUUUGACUCAGAAGAUAACCAUAGCUGUGCUUCUCAUGGAAUUGAUCAUUCUCAUGAUGGCGAUCAUGAAAGAAUCAAACGAGCUGCUUAUAAGGAAGUUCUUAAGGAUUUUGCGGAUAUCAAAAUUUUGAAAAGGAAGCUGGCAUUGUCUCUUAGCCGUGAGGAGACUAAAUCUAUUUCUGUCAAGCCUAGCAAAGAUGCUUUCACAAGAUUUUCUGUUUCCACUUUCUCAUCUGUUGUUGAAUCUCUAACACCUGAGAAUAGGAAGGUUAUUGAAGAUUUUGGCUUUGGCAGUCUACUUCAGUUUGAUAGGUGUUUUGUACCAAGCAAAUUUGUGAAGUGGGUAGCUAGACAUGUCAAUUACAGAUCUGCUAAUAUUGUUUUCAAUGGCAAAGUUAUCUCUCUUACCAAAGAAUCAGUGCAUUUAGUUCUUGGAUUGCCACUGUCUAACAAGUGUUUUCCUUCGGAUCCAUCUCUUGGGAAAUCAAUUGUCUUGUCUAAGUUUGCGAAACAGUCGAUCCCACCUGUUACAUUCUUUUCUAAAAAGCUCAUUGAUCAUGAAGUGUUGUCAGAUGAAGAGGUUUUCAUAUGUUUCAUUAUGGUGGCAAUGAAUAGUUUUCUCUGUUCAAACUUAUCAUUGACCCCUAGCCCAAAGUACUUUGGAAUUUUUGAAGACAUUGGUAAUGCUAAGGAUCUGGAUUGGUGUGGUUUUGUGCUGGACUGGUUGCUUGAUGGUGUCAAAAGCUUCAACAAGGCUAAACAUUCUGAUGGAGGAGUUCUUCCCGGCUGCCUUUAUUAUUUGGCUGUUUUGUACUUGGAUUAUGUUGAUUUUGGUGCUCGUCAGGUCCCCCUGUCUGUUCCUCGUAUUAGUGUUUGGAAAGGCUCAAUGAUUAGGGAUUAUGCAGAUUUUGAUUCGAAAUCUCCUGGCUGUUAUGGGUAUCACCCACUUCUUGACAUUUCUCGUACAUGUUUUUCUAAGUUGGUUUUAGAUCUUAUGAAGCUUGUUGCUGAUACUAUUGCUACUGGUGAUGAAAAUAUUAAAGAGGACAGUUCACAACAUGUUAAUGCUGCCACCCAACUUCAGAACUCUCCUAAUGUUAAAUAUCCAGUUUUAGUUUGUUCUAUAACUUCUUAA